UCAAGUAAAAAGCGGUUUAAAGCUGUUGUUUCUAUGAUUAUUGCACAAAAAUGAAUAGAGGAGCUCUAGAUUUUUUACAAACCUACGGCGAUGAUGAUUUAUCGGAGGAUGACAUUGUGCCAGGACCAAAAGUUUCGACAAAACGUACACACAGAAGUGAUUCAGAAGAUGAAGAACCAGGACCAAAGUAUUUAUAUAGAUUGCCAGUGCCUGCUUUGUUUAAAAACAAUAAACAACAAAUAAAUAGUAAUUCUGAAGAAAAUAAUGGCAGAAUAAGAAGUUUUGCACAUGAAAGAGGAAAUUGGGCUACAUAUCUCUACAUUCCUUAUAUUAGUAAUUAUGGUGUAGAGGAGUUGAUAAAUACAAUUAAAACUGAGAUUCAACACAUUGAAUUGCACCCUGUGGAUCAUUUUCAUAUAAGUUUGACAAAAACCGUUAUUUUGAAAUAUCACUGGAUAGAUUCCUUUGUUUCUACGGUUGCGACCAAAAUCAAAGGAUUAAGAAGGUUCUUUAUAAUGUUUGACUGUUUUCAAAUAUAUUGCAACGAUGAAGGUACAAGAACAUUCAUAGGACUACAGACAAAAACAGGAUAUGACUCUCUACUAAAUGUAUCAAAGAUUUUAGACACAUGUUUGCAAGAAUAUAGACUGGAAACAUAUUAUAAGGACGCUAGUUUUCACAUGAGUAUAAUGUGGUGCCUUGGCGAUAAAACAACCGAAUUAAAACAAUUUCUACCCGCCAUGAACGAAAUCUACCGAAAAAUCUGUGACAACACCAGCGAUUGUUGGCACAUCGACGUUCAAAGCAUAGAAUGUAAAACAGGGAAUAAAUUAUUCACAUUUUCUUUUAAAAUAAUCUAAAUAAUAUGCACAAUAUAUUGCA